GCGAAUAAAACGCGUAGCGACGAAUGCGGAGGUGAAAAUCAAAGUUCGAAGGUGAACCAUCGAGAUAUAUCGCUCGGUCGCGCACGCGUGCGCGACGAUAUCGCACGGCGGCGUGCCUCCUGGAAAUUUUAUCAAUACCGCGGCGGCCAUCUAGUCUUGCUGGCAGUUGCUCGCGAAAAGUUACGCGCCGAACGCCGAACGACCGACCGACCGGGGGUGUCGCCGAGCAAGCCGAUCUCGACAAAUCGACGAGGAUUACCGGAACAGGAAGAGCCCGAGGCGAUCGACUACGAGCAGCAUGGCUACGGAGGGUGGUUUAGCACCGGAUGCAGCUGCAGGUGCAGGUGCCGGCACCGACGGCAUCGUCGGUGGCCCCAGAACGCCCCAGCAAAUUGCCUCGCAGAAGCGGCUGCAGGCGACGCAAGCGCAAGUCGACGAAGUCGUCGACAUCAUGAAGACAAAUGUGGAGAAGGUCCUCGAGCGCGAUCAAAAGCUCUCCGAGCUCGACGAUCGAGCAGAUGCACUUCAACAAGGAGCGUCACAAUUUGAACAACAAGCAGGAAAAUUGAAGAGAAAGUUCUGGCUACAGAAUCUAAAGAUGAUGAUCAUUAUGGGUGUAAUCGGACUCAUUGUACUGGCCAUCAUUGUCGUGAAAUUCAUGCCGGAAUCGGCGCCGGCUCCACCCGCGUACAACUAUCCACCAGGUAUGAUGCCGCAGGGUACGCUGCAAGGAGCCCCGGGACCUGGUGCAGCUACGGGCGGUGCAGGGGGGACGGGCGCUGCGACAGGGGGUGGUUCGCCGCAAACCGCUGGAGCCGCGUUCGUCGGCAACCUGAACGCCGGUAUGCACAGCGUUGUAUAAACGACACGACGUGAUAGUAUUUGGGAUAAAAAGGGAAACGAAGAGGAUUCUGACAACGACAUCAUCCGCGGAAAUAACUGGUCGACAUAUUCGCUUCGGCGAUCAUCCAUCUGUUCGAAUUAUCAUCGGUACAUCGAAGAGCACGAUGGAAUAAUCCGGUAACUCCAUAAACCAUAGAAUCUGCUAAACGAAUCUUAGAAAUUAUGGAUUUACAUCGUUUUCUCGGAACCCUUCGACUACCACGCGUCUAAUCGUCUUUUAUGUUGAAUUAUUUUGUUUCUUCGUCAACGUGAUACUGUAAUAAUUAAUUCCAUUGUCCCUACUAUUAGCAAUUACUAUGCAACAAUAUUUUAGACAUAAAUUGCCUAUACGUGAUUAUUCACUAAUUUUUAUUCAAUUGUAUUUGCAUCUUGUUGAUCUCAUAGUCAAAUCUUAAGUUAUUUAAGUGAAAGCGACACAUAUCGACCGGUCUUUUCGUCGUUCAAGAAGGAAGAAAUGAGAUCUAUAUUCUACCACUCCAGGAAAUCAGCGGAGGCUUUAUUUUCAAUGAGAGUACAUAAUAUAUGAAAAACCCUACGAUUACAAAUUUCACGCUCAGCUAAAUAUUCGCUAAUCGAAAAACAUACAAAGAGCGAAGUGUCGUUCACGAUAAAAUACACGGACAUGUGUAUCGAUGUAUGUACAUACAUACAUGUAUAUGUACAUACAUUAUUACGAAUUAUCAAUGUAAGAUUCAGUCUAUGUACAUAUAUAUAUAAAUACAGAAAUUAUUUAUAUGUUAAAUCAUACGUUAACCGAAUCAAAAUACAGGAGAAACGAUAAUGGAGAGAUGAUUUGAAAAGAUUGACGUAAGUAUAUUUCAAGUCCACUUUUGACCGAGAAAUAUGUAAAAAUGUCGGGUGUGCGCGUUGCGUAAGAUAUUUCAUGUAAGUGAUGGUUUUUGUGCUUUGCCUGUACAUUUAUAAAAGAUUGUCUCCGACAAUAGGCCUUCUGGACAAAUGUGAAGUGGAUUUCGACGCCAAAUCCUUUAACUAUACUAGUCUCUUUGAGAUUUAUGUAAUUAUUACAAUUAUGCAAUUAUACGAAUCGCCGUGAUCGCAAAAAUUGUUUAAUGUAAAACGUAGAAAAGUUUAACGUGAUUUUGUAGCAAACAAACGAUUCCUUAAACACAUCCUUUUUGCACGAUGUUAUUAAUAUAAUAGUUUUACUUCAUAGUAUAUAUUGUAUAUUUGAAUUUAUUAUUUCUUAAAACAGUGUUUAUAUAUGAGACGUUUUACAACCGAAACUGUAUCGCAGAAUUUUAUGUGCUUAAAAAUUAAAAUUGGUAUAUCAAAACAUUCACAUAUAGGACUCUAGUUUCGAAUCCCACUUUGUCUUUUGAAAAAUUCAUUGUGGGAGAUUCAAUAUGGCAGCCAAAAGUGAGAAGAACCAUGGCUGGAAAUAAAGAAAAUUGAAAAACCACA